AUGCAGGUAACGGCUCCCGACUAUCCAUUGAUUAGCGAAAAGACCAGGACUAUGACGAAGGCCUGCCCAAGUCGUGAUGCGAUUGCACAGUUAGCAAAAAGUGGGAUGAAGAACUCAGCAAUUUCUUCGAGGCUCGGAAUUCCUCUAAGAACCGUCCAGAAGAUUGUAAAGCAAUGGAAAGUGGAAGGACACGUUCAAAUCAAACCCAGAAGUGGAAGAAAACGGACUGUCAACACCCGACAGAUGCGUGGGAUUAUUAAGAAAAGGAUUGACCGAAAAGAUGAUCUGAGUUUGAACAAGAUGGCCAAACAGCUCAAUAUUUCUCGCAAAUCUGUUCAAAAUGAUUGUAAAAAAUGA